AUGACAUCAAUUGAUAAAAGUUUAGCUGAUAUAUUUAAAGUGACUAGUUGGGUGGACUGGAUUACCAUUGGCAUUGGACUUCCUUUCACUCUAGUAGUACUAGUUGCAGUUUUUCUACAGGUGAAAAAGAACCAGGGUUGCCCUAUCUUCGUCAUCAAUCUUCUGUUUUCUGAUCUCAUUCAGUUCUGUGGCAGAAUUACAUUUCAUUCAGAUAAGUUAUUGUUAAUUGGUUUGGCCAUCCUUGGCUUUGGUCUAUUUGCCAGUCUUGGAUUCAUGGUCUGUAUCUCCCUGGAAAGGUAUUUGGUUGUUGCCAAGCCACUGUGGUACAGAUUCAGGAGAAACAUCAAGACAUAUGUGGUGGUCUGUGUGGUGGUAUGGGUUCUUCCUGUUCUUUUUAACCUAAUCGUUUUUCCUUUGGAUCUUAAGACAGUUGCCAUCAUCUCGUCAUGUGUUGUCGUCACGCCCAUCCCCGUCUUCAUUUUCUGCUUGGUUGGGACUAUUAAAGCUCUUUCUGGAGCCCUCAGUGUCCCAGCAGAUGAAAAACGAAGAAUUACAGCCAUUCAGGUUGCAGUGCUGCUAACUUACAUUCUGCUUUUUCCGAACUUCAUAGUUUUUACCCUGUCAGGAUUUACCAGUUUUACACCUCAAUGUAUAUUUUAUGUUUGUGUGUCUCUUAGUCCCCUUGCAGACACAACUUUGUAUUUGUUAAGUCGGAAAAGCUUCCUGGAUAAGUUUCUGGCUUCACUCUGUUCUUGUAAAACAUCUGACAGUCAGGAAAUGAACACCAGGGAUAUUGAAAUCACGACUGUGGCAAAUACUGAGACUGUGUAG